ACUAAAUAAUUCUAAUCAGUAUAUAGAUAUACCCAUUCAAAUGUCUGUGGUGAAUGAUCGGGCAUUGCCAUUUGCUGAUGCAGCCACAAUAGUAAGAGCACAUCAAAAGGAUGCAUAUUUUGAGUCAUCAUAUCGAACUCAAAUAAAUGAAGUAUUACAAUUAUUCAAGGGUCAAAGAUUUGUAAAUUCAUACCCUGAAGAGAUCACUACUGUAGCGAAGGCUCUUUAUCUUGCUUUGACAACUUUAAUUGGAGCUCGUACAUUAGGUGAAGAAUAUGUUGAUUUAAUUUAUGUUAAUAGAUCUGGAAAAAGGAUACCCAAAAUCUUACCUAGAAUUGGAUUUAUUUUAUCGUAUGCGGUAUUGCCAUAUAUAGUGACUAAAAUUGUUAAGAAAUAUAAAUAUAGAGAUGAAGAUAAUAAUAAUAAUAGUUCUAGUAUAUGGGUUAAAUUGAUGUCAUCAUAUUUCAAAGUAUUAGAUACUAUACUAAAUGUUCAUAUUGCGGUAUUUUACUUUCUGGGAGAAUUUUAUUCAUUAUCUAAACGAUUGUUUGGUAUGAGAUAUGCAUUUGGACAUAAUAAAGAUAUUAAAAAAAUGAGUACUACUGGUAACUAUUCAUUAUUAGGAGGUAUAAUAAUUCUUCAAUAUAUAAUUAAAGGAUUACUCAAAUAUAAAGCUUAUAGUGAAGAACAUAAAGAAAAAAAGAGUCAAACUAUUAAUGAUACACAAGAUUGGAGAAAGAUAAGUGAUAUUGAUCAAUUAAAAGAAAUUGCAGAAAACUCAACUACUUCACUUGAUAUUGAUCUCUCUGAUCCAACUCAAUUACCAUAUAUUCCUGAAGCUUCAAGAUCCUGUAUGUUAUGUUUAUCACCAAUGGUUAAUCCUUCAGCUGCUAAUUGUGGCCAUUUUUUCUGUUGGGAUUGUAUACUUGAUUGGCUUAAGGAACAUCCUGAAUGUCCAUUAUGUAGACAACAAUGUUUACAACAACAUUUACUACCUCUUAAGUAAUAUAACUAUUUAGUUAAUAACUAAUUAAUAGCAAUUAUAGAUGCUUAUGUAAGCGACUCAAAUCUCAAUUUUCAACAA